AUGAGCCAGAUCAAGGAUCCAGAGGAUCCAGAGCAGGAGGGUGCAACUGACGCCAUUGGACGCACGUGUUGCUGGAUCAGCGUUCUACAUCGUGGGGACACCUCGGCGUGCAGCGCAGAGGAUAACGUGGACCAGGACACGGGGAACGAGUUCCGGCCAAGCGGCAAAAGGAAGCAGAGGGCUGCGUGGAGCGUCAGGAAAAGCUUGAGCAAGGUUACAACAGAAGGGAAACCGUCGCAAAUAUUAUAUCGGUUGCGUGCCCUGGACGACGGUCGAUGCGACGAUGAGGUGAUGCGCUCUAUUUUCUUGGAGCAAAUGCCAGAAAUGGUGAAAACCAUCUUAGUAGCGGCAAAAGUGGCGAAGUUGCAAGAUCUCGCGGAACUUGCAGAUAAAAUAUUCGAGUCCACUGCACAAAGCAGCCACGUCGUCGCAUCGAUCGAUGUGAGGGAUCGAUCGAACCGUGAUUCGAUGGAGGCGAAGCUCGACAAACUGACCGACGCGGUAUUAAAGAUGUCGGCCAGCUUCGAGCGCCUCGAGGAAGCGAUGUCGCGGUCGAAGUCACGGCAACGCGGGUUUGCCGGUCGUUCGAGCGAGCGAAGUCGAGCGGCUCCGACGCUAACCCCCGCGGUGUGCUGGGCGCAUAGUAAAUUCGGGGCGAAGGCAUACGCGUGCAAGGACCCCGAAAAUUCCAGGAAUUGCAAGCCCGUGGCCAGCGGUCUGCGGCUCUAUGCCGCGAACAAUACGCGUGUCGACACGUAUGGCGAGUCGACGCGCACCAUUGAAAUCGGUCUACGACGACCGAUCACAUGGAAUUUUUGCGUAGCAGACGUGCCAUACCCGAACGUAGGUGCUGAUUUGUUGACGCACUACGGCAUCACCGUGGACUUGAGAGGGCGUAAAAUAAUAGAUGCGCUGACCAAAUUGCAAAUUUGGUGCACGACAAAGAACGUGAACCACGUCCUGACGCACACCGUUGAUCGCUCAUCGGGAAUCGCGGGCAUAUUACUCGAAUUUUCGGAAGUGACGGGAAUAUCCCAAGCAGUUCCGUUACAGGAACGUGGGGUAUUCCAUUACAUUCAGACCAAAGGGCAUCCGGUUGCCUCGCGCGCUAGGCGCCUCGCACCAGGCAAACUCAGAGCAGCUAAGCUGGAGUUUCGACAUCUGAUGGAGGCUGGGUCCCCAAAAAAGAUGGGGAAUGGAGAGUUAAAUUUACACAAAAAAACAGUAUUUUCUUGCUUGGAUAUUCAUCAAGCCUACCAACAGAUCCCGGUAGCGCCGGAGGACGUUCCUAAGACCGCCGUGAUUACACCGUUCGGCUUGUUCGAAUAUUUGGCAAUGCCGUUCGGGUUACGUAACGCCGGUCAAACGUUCCAAUGGUACAUGAAUCGCGCCCUCGGCGACUUGGAAUUUGCAUUCGUAUAUGUAGACGACAUACUUAUUGCUUCCGCGUCGAGGGAAGAACAUAUCGCGCACACGCGGACAGUCCUUGAGAGACUUAACAAGUUUCACUUAAAAAUUAACGUCGAAAAGUGUCAAUUCGGGGUACCAAAACUAACGUUUUUAGGCCAUUUAAUUAAUAGAGAAGGUUACAAACCGACACCCGGAAAAAUUGACGCGAUUCAAAACUUUGAUAAACCCAAGACAAUCGUCGAGUUGCGUCGAUUUCUUGGGAUAAUAAAUUUUUAUAGACGAAGUAUACCUCACGCCGCCACUCUCCAAGCACCCUUAAACGCGUACCUUACGCAGUCGCGGCGAAAGGAUAAAACGAAAAUUAAUUGGUCGGUAGAGGCCGAAGAGUCCUUUCGGAAAGUCAAGGAAAGCCUUGUAAACGCGACCUUGAUAGCGCAUCCCUCGGGGCACGCCGUGACGCGGGUGGUCACAGACUCAUCCGAAUUUGCAAUGGGGGCGGUGUUAGAACAAAAACUAGAGGAUAUGUGGAAACCUCUGGCAUUUUAUUCAAAAAAAUUCAAUCCCGCUCAACAGAGGUACAGUACCUACGAUCGGGAGUUGACAGCAGCUUAUUCUGCUGUGAAACAAUUUAAGCAUUUCCUGGAAGGACGCGAGUUUAAAAUCGUGACGGAUCAUAAACCGCUUAUAUACGCAUUUAUGCAGCGCGCUGAUAAGGCCGAUCCGCGUCAGGUGCGCAUGCUGUCGUAUAUAAGUCAGUUUACGACCCAGAUCGAAUUCCUUCCAGGGGUCGACAACAUCGUGGCCGAUUCAAUGUCGCGCAUAGAGUCCAUAAGACUGCCCACGGACAUUGAACUGUGCGAACUGGCGCAGGCACAAGAGAAUGACGACGAGUUGGAGAGGAUUCGAGACGAGGUCAACCAUCCUCUCAAACUCGUGCGGCUUAUGUGGGGUCCGGCCCACACGCGAUUGUACUGUGAACAGUCCGGCGAAACUGUGCGCCCUUACAUACCCAGUGCCCUAAGGAAAAAAGUUUUCCAUUUGUUUCACGCGCUGUCACAUCCGAGCGCGAAGCUUCCAAUACCUAGUGUACAACAAAACAAAUCAUGCAAAAGGCUGGCGUCAAUGCAAGUGUUUCAAGUGUUCGUCGUGUAUUACAAUCAUGCAAGCACAUUAGAAGACUAA